AUGGCCCAAAGAACACGGCAGCUCGGCUUUCCUCUCCGGCGAAAUCGCCGCUAUCUCGACGGGAUUUCGGAGUCCCGUCGGCGCGUACUCCUUCCUCCAUCGAGUUCUCUUUCUCCAGCGAACGCCCUCCGGCGAGUUCUCUUUCUCCUCGGUGACGUCAGCAGUGGAGAGGAGGCGUCGCCUCAACUCCGUGCCUCAGUAACUCGCCGCCUCGCCGGCUGCUGCUCUGUUGUCUCCGUCCUCGCCGAGCUGCCUCUCCUCUUAAGCUCUUCUCUGUCGAGUUCUCUAGGAGGCAGCGAUUCCGGCCCUCUCUCGAUCUCUCCUCGACGGCGCCGACACCAGCCGCCUCGCUCUGCUGCUCUGGCAGCGCCUCCGCUCCAGCCAGAUCUCCUGGAGCUCGUUGCUGCCCGUCCGUCACCGGGCAGCUCCGCCGAAUACUCCUCACUCCAAAGUACCAUAGCUGGAAAUUUGGAGUCUUGUGGCUGCUCCCUAAUCGAGAAAGAGAGUGAGGGAGAAAGAAAGAAGAUGCUCCUCUAGAGAUCCUUUGGCUCCAUCACCAAAAUAGCUAUCUUCUAAACUUGUUGACUAGUGUAGGAUAAUGGUGUAGAAUAGAUGUGUGUGUUGUCACUCUCACAUAUGUAACAUGUGCUAGAUGUAUCUCCAACAUUCUUGUGUAAUUUGUUCUUCAAUUAUUAUUUAAUAAAAGCAUAGCUUUACUUUCA